CUCCGCGUGUUGUAUUUCAACUAAAAAUAGAGCACGAGUGAGAGAGAGAAAGAGCAGAGUGAGUGAGACGGGUAACGGAAAGAAAAAAAACAGCGUGGCACUAUCGCCAAUUGUUGCCGGAGUGUAGUGGGAAAAAUACAGCUAAAAAACACCUGGAAUUGGUUAAAAUUGUGAUAAAGUACAAGUUUGCAGGGUUGUUGAACAACGCGGUAAAUCAACCCCGUUGCCUCCUUGGGUUUCUUAAAAAAACACACAUAAAAAUAAACAAUAAAACAGACUCGUUGAAAUUUAAUGGAAACAUUAUAAAAACCGAUCGUAAUUGCCACGUUAACUUGUUCCAUAACCAAAUGUUGUAUCUUAUAUUAUUUCUUCUGAAAAAUAAUAAUCGAAAUAAAAAUUCGUCACCGAUUCUCUUUCGAGUGGGAACACAAAGCACGUCUAUGCGAGUUCCGGUGUCAACGUACGUAUCUUGAUGUGUGUGCGCACGUACGGGAGAGAAAAAAGUGAAUAAAGACGUCGCAGUGUGGUGAAGAAAAAAAACUAAAGAAAAUAAUAAGUAUAUUUAUCUACGCGGAACGACACGUGCGGAGAGGGGAAGAAAAAAAUAUAUCCUCAAUAAUCGAGUUUAAACAAUGUCCGAUUCGAGAGCAACGUCACUGGCGAGACCAGAGAAACCUCAGACUCCGUGUAUAUAAACAAAAACGAAAAGACCGACAACCAAAUCCGUAAAUCACGCACUUUGGGCAGCUCUUUUCGUUAUCUUUUUUGUUUUCAUUCUUGUGUGCCCAUUCGAGGCUCCGGGUCAUUGAAAUAACGAGGAAAUAAUGAAUCGUGUGUUUUUGCACUUUUGAAUUGCAAGGAACAAAAAUAAGGAAGAGAAAAGUUGAACGAGACGGCAAAGGAUACGUCGCUAACUCGUACGAAUAUAAAAAUAUACACCGGCUCAAAGAUGACCGCUAUUCUUGUAUCCGUGGCAGAAUUGUCCAACAUUUUCUCCGUGCUCGCCGUUCUCAUAUGCUUUUGCGGUGUCGUGCUCUUCAUCAUGAGUUUUAUUCGAUGGUGCAGAAAUAUGAUGGUUCUCCGAGUCCAUGGCGACGAUUUGAUGUUCGGUGGCAGCGGUGGCGUCAUGGCCCACUCACCGCGGAUACCGCAGAUGAAGAUGAUGAAGGUCCACAUACCGUUCACUUUCAAGCUUCACGAGAGUUCCAAAAGUACAUACUCCGAAGUCGAGUGCGAAAUUUCGAGCCAAGUGGAGUACUCGCUGCAGGCCAUUUGGGGAGUCAGUAUAAGGGAACUCCAUCUCGCACUCUGGAAGCCAUGGAACGCUCUCAGAGACGCCUCGCUUAAUGGAACUCUGCUUCAGGGUCAUGCACAGUGUAUGACACCGCCUCAAACUAGGCAACCGCAUGGGGAAGAGACCUUGAGGCUUUGUUUGCCGGCCCCAGGACUCGAGCUCGGAACGCCACCGCGACUCUGUUAUCCUCUCGUUAUAUUUUUAACUCGCAGAGACAACAGAGAUCUUCAUCCCGACGAGACCGUCGCUCUGGUGAAUGUCGUCCACAUUAAGGACAGCGUGUGCACGUUGCCGACCUCGAUACUCGCGCAAUAUUUGAAACAGGCGAACGGCCAGCUCUCCUGCCUUAAGCAACUCUAUCUGGCGACUGGAAAUUCCACGAAUUAUGAAGAAAGCGACGUGUCUUCGGGGCUCGGACCAGCUCUCGCGCUGGCAGAACCCUGCAACAACAACGGCAGCGGGUCGAGAGGCGCGCUCGUUGCUUCUGGUACCGGUGAUUCGGAAGGAUCGCUGUGGAACACAGCCGGUGAACAAUUGUGCGUCGUUUGUCAAUAUUUCCCUCUCUCAAGAGCUUUGUUGCCGUGCAGGCACACGUGCAUAUGUGCUUCUUGCUUCGGGAAGCUUGACAGGUGUCCGAUGUGUCGCAGCCCGAUAAAGAGUUACUUUUGUAUUCGCGGUGAGGAGUACAUGCCACCGGAGAAAGAAAUAAAUCCUUGUAAGCAGCGACAAGCGACGCACGGUCCGUCCCACUGGCUCCACGAUUGGAACGAUCGACUAACCGAUUUCCUUGGAUUCGCGCGAUAAAAAAGCCGCGAAACGAGAGUGCGGGAACAAACUGAUUUUUAAUAAUUAUUAUAAUACACUUACGAUAUCAUUAUUAUUCUGUUUGUCUUUCUCAAAUCGAAUACGUCCAGUUGUUGAUUCUUGUAAUCACGCGACUAAUUUUUAGGCAAUCAUUUCUCGCGAGACGCAAUCGCAAACGCUGAAAGCUCGGAUGCGUGUUUUAAACAUUCAAACGAGUCAGCAUUGAUCGUUUAACUGAAAAAAAAAUGUAUUUAUACAACCUUGGGAUCAUGAUAUUUUCGAAUUUUCAGAUUAUUCUCGUUGAAGAAUUCGAGAAAAGUCUUCCCUUCCUCAGUAUCUAUCGGCUACACGCGCGAUCGUCCAACUAUUAUUAAGGUAUUCCUUUCGCGAACCCGAAUAUUCUACAAAUAACUCAUUUUAAAUGACAGUAAGUAAAAGUUCAUGCUAAUAGAUUGGCGAAAUUUCAGGUCAGGUUAUCGAACAUUUAAUCCAGAAUUAAAUCUUCAAAAAUCGUAAAAUUUAUAUGGGAGCUCAUGGAGAUUCCAUCGCCACAUUUCUAUUUAAUAAUUCAUGUACUAAAUCAUUCUAAAUUCCUCAUACAAACUGUCUCACAGAUAGAAAAAAAUCUAGGAAGUCCAUAGCGACGAUAAAAAUAAAGAGUUAUCAAAUCUUUAAAAGACAUAUUAACGAUAGAGGUUGGAAAAAUGGCAGAAAUAGAAGCUUUUCCCAUAUAACCGCGACUUCUCAGAAGUUAGGAAUCAGUCCAAAUUUCGAGUGCCCUAGUUUGCGCCACCAAAAAAUAGGUUUUUGCGAAAGGAAUACCUUAGCCGACCGCAAAAUCUAUAUUUUUACGAUUCGUCUUCGACUCGGAACGAAUGACAGAAAUGCUCAUAUUUCUUUGUUUUUAUCUUCAAAACUUCGUUCGUUGUCCAUUGACAGGCUCGUUUGAUCGCGAGUUCUCGACGUCCUUUUCCAAAUAAUUCUCCUUUUUCACUCACAAACGAUGGUAAAUAAAACACAAAAGAAUAUUAAUAAAUUCCAAUGAGACGAGGGUACGGCCUUACGAGGAAACGAAAAAAAAAAAAAAAAAAAAGAGAGAAGGAAUGAGAGGAACUGAGUAUUUUCAUCGAGUAUUCCCAUAAGUGUCCGUUAAAUUAUGUUUAAGCGAGUAAUUAUCUCUUACUUAGCGGACUUUUGAUGAUUUCGUGUCUGUUGAUAAAUCUCACUGAUCAUGCUUACAGAGAAGCGGAAGAAAAGAAGAUAUUAAUUGUACACAAUGACACGAUUAAGUGUGAAUGUAUAAAUAAGCACAACAACAAAAGAAAGAAAAACGUUAGAGAAAAAGAUGAUAAACAAAGACAAGGAAAUAUGCAAGUGCAGGGAUGAAGAAAUAACAAUAAUAACAUUAAUUUAUAAAGUCGAUCGUCUUUAGAUUUGUAAGUUGUAAAUACACAGACUGUGAUAAUCCUGAUAAUAUGCAUAUGUAGAUGCGUUUCUCACGCCUACGAUCGGGGUAAAGAAACAAAUGUAUGAGAAGCGGUGCUUGAAGGAAAAAGCUACGAGAGAAUGAUGAAAUGAGGAAACAUUCGCGAAACGGUGUUAUAAUUUCUGUGUGCUGGCAAUUCGUUACGAAAUCCGUUUUUGAAAUUCAAACGUAAGUUUAUAACCGACGAACUCAUAUUUAUUUGCAGUCCGAUGAUAAAAAUUUGUCAAAUAGAAAUAGUAACGCGAAUGAGGAAAAACGAUUGAAUAUUAUCGUCUAGCGAAACAGAUAAUAUAGUGUAUGUAUAUUAUAUGAAAUAUAAAUGUAUAUCGAGGAGAAUAUAAAGCUGCGAGAGACGGUGA